UCGCGUCGGAGUGUAACGUUAGCAGUUUGCUGCAGUCUCGUCGGGAAGAUCUCGCGACAGGUGGCCGUCGGGCUGGUGUGGAUUGCAGGAUCAGUUUUUCAGUUACAGGACUUCCAAAUUCUGGCAAACUACUUGCAAAUUACAUUGCUGUGGUAAAAGGAAGUACAGUGUGUCUACCUUUCAUUUUUGUGGAAAUUCCUGAAGUUAUUUAUCUAAAUAUGGCACUGACAGCAGAAUAUGAAGCCAAACUGUACCACAUUCUACGCAUUAUCGCAGGGACUCUUGCACACCUCCUGUCUUUUGGGUUCACAGUCUUUGUCACUACAGUUGCACGGCCUGGGUCAAGCUUAUUUUCAUGGCAUCCCUUUCUCAUGACUUUGGCGUUUUCCUUCUUCAUGACAGAAGCUGUGCUGGUUUUCUCUCCUGAUUGUUCCCUUUUGCAGUCAUUCUCCCGUAAAGUCAGAGUCCGCGGUCACUGGCUAGUGCAAGUCCUAACAGUCUGCUGUGCUUUGACAGGAUUGAUUACCAUCAUUUGCAACAAAUACCUCAAUGACAAACCCCACUUUGUCACAUGGCAUGCUUUCAUUGGUCUGAUCACAGUGUUGUAUAUUUGCAUGCAGUCUCUAGGAGGAACUUCUUUGCUGUAUCCAAAGCUCUUAAACUGGCCUCUGGCAAAACUCAAGGUGUACCAUGCUACCUCUGGGAUGAUUGGUUAUCUCCUGGGCACUACCAGCCUCCUCUUAGGGAUGUGUUCUCUUUGGUUUACGACGUCAGUUAUUGGGAUCAGCUGGUAUGUUGCUGCCCUUUGCCCCAUAUUGGUUAGUCUGGUCAUUAUGAACCAAAUCAGUAGUGCUUAUCUGUCAAGAAAACGGAUACAACCCUAAGUGAAGUUAUAAGCAAUAUUUGCUGAUACAUGGAAUAAAAUAAGGCAUUAUCAGUACUGGCUUCAAGCAGACUUUUCUGCACCUUUAAAAGUUAAAAUCAAGAAAGGUACUGUUAUUUCUCAUGUGGUAUUUCAUGCCCCAUACCACAAUCAAAACAGAUGUGCCCCAAGCAUACAUACAUGGACAGCUGUUAAUUGUGACUGAAGCAGAAAUUACCAAAAUUAAAGCAGAUUUCCAUUUUCCAGUUGACCAUAGCUUUGCUAAUCAAACCUCUUAUACAGAAGAUUGGUGACCUUGCUCUAAGUUCUUAAUCAUGGCAAGCAGAGUAACAAGCAUGUGUAUGAAAAUGCAUAGAGCAUAUUAAUGAGCAGUUCAGCUUUCUGAAGGAGAAAUGUAAAUUCUUACAAAACUUUACUUUCUUUAAACUUUAACCCCAAGUUUUGAGGCUUCUUCCAGUAUGAAGUAUUUGAGCCUGAAGAACACAGUAAAAAGAUUUGGAUUUGCCUUUAUUUGCUAGCUUGCCAUCAGCAAAAGUAUGAUUUAAGCAAUCCAAAAGCCUCUGAACAUGACUUUGCCAAAACCACUGGUGAUUUCUGCAAGUGUUUUGAAAUUUUAUGCCAUUUUCUGGGUGUAUUUAUUUUUAAUUUUAAUUAUGUAUUGUGUUGAAGAUGAUGAUUACUGGAACUUGAUCAUAUCUGUCAUUGCAACAUCUGAUCUGAUGAUGUUAAUCCUCUUUCAUUCCUUACGCAUGGAUAUCUGUUCUGACCUCGGAACCGAG